CCGGACAUGGCCACGAUGGCCUCUACACUACAGAAGGCUGUGUGUAUUGUAACCGGAGGUGCUUCUGGAUUAGGGCGAGCGACUGCCCAGAGACUCGCAAAAUAUGGAGCAAAAGUAGUCGUAGCCGAUCUUCCCUCAAGUGAUGGAGAAAAUGUAGCGAAGGAAUUGGGUGAAAGUUGCCAUUUCGCACCAACUGAUGUUACAUCAGAAGCUGACGUCCAGCAAGCUAUCCAGUUAGCUACUGAAAAAUUUGGUCCCCUUAAUGUAGCCGUGAAUUGUGCAGGAAUAGGAAUAGCUGUGAGAACUGUUUCCAAAAAGGGACCACACCCACUUGAUAAAUUUGAGAAGGUCCUGAAGGUUAAUACUAUUGGAACUUUUAAUGUCAUACGACUUGUGGCAGAGCAAAUGUCACAAAAUGAACCAAAUGAGGGUGGAGAGAGAGGGGUAAUCAUCAACACUGCCAGUGUGGCUGCAUAUGAUGGUCAGAUUGGACAAGCUGCAUACUCAGCGUCGAAAGGUGCAAUUGUUGGAAUGACUCUGCCAAUAGCCAGAGAUCUUUCCAAACAUGGAAUCAGAGUCAACACCAUUGCUCCAGGACUUUUCCUGACUCCUCUGCUGAUAAGUUUACCAGAGAAAGUCAGAGAUGAGCUGGGUAAAAUGGUUCCUUUCCCAAGUCGUCUAGGUGAUCCUCCUGAGUUUGGACACUUGGUACAAAGUAUCAUAGAGAACCCUAUGCUAAAUGGUGAAGUUAUCAGGCUGGAUGGAGCUUUACGCAUGCAACCUUGAUGUUAUUCCCUUGUCAGCAACAUCUGAUAUGUUUUAAUUUAUUAGGUAGCUAGAAAUGAUUUCAUGUGAUAACUCACUUGUAGAACAAUCUGUAGGUCUGUAAGUUGUGUAAGCUUGCACAACCGUGGAUCUUCCAAGUAAUUCACGGCAGAGAUUGUCAUUCUCUAGAACAGAGAUGAGCAAGAGAAAUGUCAAUGGUUGGGGGGAGGGGGGAGAGGAACACAGUACAUUUACCCUCCCCCCCCAUCCUGUCAUGUCUGCUGUCUCUUUGAAAUACCAAAAAAUAAAUUUUCAUACGUGUGGUUCAGAUGAUAACAUAUUACUAUUAAAUGAUUUUAAGUGAAUCAGUAGAGUGAGAAAUAAAUAAACAUGCAGCUCUGUUGUGACUAAGAAGAGUUUUCUUACAUUUUAAUGGGGUGAAAUUAGAUUUCCAUCUCUCUAUAUAAAUAAUUGAUUUUGUUACAGAAUCUGUGUUUUGUAUUGUAUUUUCUUGGUCAUCUAAAGGUCAACAAAUAGAAAACCUGAACUAUUUUGGGUUUGUGUAAUUGUGUCAUGUUGAAUCACACCGGAGAUCAUAACUCAAGAGCAAACUGCAAAACCACAAAAGGUUGUAGCAGAUUAGUUUUCAAACGUGGGAUUGGCCUGAUCUUCAUCAUACAAAUCAUAGUUAACAAUAACUAGCGAAAUAAUAGGCCGACCUUCUGAAGUUUGCCAGGUUUCAUAACCAGUUCCCCUUUACUAACUACGUACAAAUACAGUUGUUGUUGUUCUUUUUGUCAUCUUGACAAACAUUAUGUCUGAGUUUUAAGUAACAACCUUUGAUAACCAGCCAAUGAAGAGACUUGUACCUCUCUUAGAGAGUAGAAGAAGUCGAGCCCAGAUACUAUACUAAGUUUAAACUUCUUUAUACUGUGAUUGAUAAUCUAACAACAAGAAAUGAGACCCCCCCCCUCCCCUGCCACCCCACGGGAAUUGUGGCUGACCUCCUGGGACUUGCCUUAUGCCAUCAGCGAUGUUAGAGAACUGGCCCUAAACGACAACCAACUAACCAGAGACGUUAUCGAAUUGAUUUAGGAUGUUAGCGAAGUGAAGUGACCUGAGACGCUAGGAUAAGGAUGAGGAUAAUUUAUUUAAUGUUAAAAAAUACACAGAGGGUGGUCGCCCAAUCCUCCGAGCCAGAGGCUCAUGAUAAAAGUGUUUGACAAUAUAAAAGAAAACUAAAAUUGUAAUAGCACCGAUUCAAUUAGAAAUAAUGUAUAUCAACAAAAACAAAAACAAAAAUCAAUCAAAGGCAACCACUGCAUUGACAGCCCAUAAAAUUUAAUUUAGUUAAAAGUCUCUGGAAGGGUGAUGCAUUAGAUGCAUAUUUUAGCAGCAGAUGGUAACUGGUUCCAAAUACGUGAGAUCAUAUACGCGUAGUGAGCCAUGAAGGAAUCUGCUAUUAUAUGAAGUUUGUACUACGUUUAGACCACUAAAAGCAAAUUUAACUAGUCUUUGUAAAACAAUAAAAUCACUGAUAUUUUGACAUA